UGGAAGUUCACGAAUUAAACGCACAAGUGGCGGGAGUUGUUGUCAAGUAGGAUCUGAUCGAAAUCACCACAUUGAACAAAGAUGGACGCUAAAAGGCGGAAUAGCGGUCCGCCGAGGGGCGGGGCGUCCCAGGCCAAGCGUGGUAGAACUGGCGGGGAUUGGGAAGACAGCCCGUCGAUCUUCGAGGAGGAACUCGCCCUGUUCGAAGAAGCCGAUAUGGAGGCGGAGGAGAGGGAAGGACAGGCGGGGCAUGACGUCAUCCCUGUUGGUGAGCUGUUCUCUGCUGACCUCAACCCCCGAUGGCGUAGGCCGCAGGCCGCCCCUCUUAACCCGGACUCUGACACCCUGGUCUUCCAACAGAUUGAUCUCGACUACUAUUUAGGGGCUGUUGUGGCUGGCAUGCCAGGUCAGUCUCAGGGGAAUGUACCAAUAAUCCGCAUGUUUGGGGUGACUGACAGCGGGAACAGUGUGUGCUGCCACGUGCACGGCUUUGCCCCCUAUUUCUACAUCCCUGCCCCCAAUGGGUUCACCAGUGAUCACUUGAGUGAGUUCAAAAGGGAGCUUAACUCUGCUGUGCUGAAGGACAUGCGCUCCAACAAGGACAACAUAUCGGUCACUGUGCUGGCGGUGGACAUCACACGCAAAGAAAGUAUGUAUGGUUACCAUGGGAAACGGAUUGCGGACUUCCUGUGCAUCACUAUGGCAAUGCCUCGUCUGAUUGCCCCGGCGAAGAGGCUCCUGGAGCAGGGAUUUAAGUUUGGACCUUUCCCCAUUCAGAGCUUCUCUUCCUACGAGGCUAACAUCGACUUUGAGAUCAGGUUUAUGGUGGACAGUGAUGUGGUGGGUUGCUGCUGGAUUGAGCUGCCCAAAGGGAAGUACCGGGUGAGGGAGGAGAGGAUGUUGGGGGAGACGGACCACCCUGGCAAGGUGUCUCUGUGUCAGUAUGAAGUUGAUGUGGGAUGGACCCAGCUGAUCAGUCACCCAGCAGAGGGAGAGUACCAGAGGAUCGCUCCUCUCAGGGUUCUCAGCUUUGACAUUGAGUGUGCUGGAAGAAAAGGUAUUUUUCCAGAGGCAGAGAAAGACCCAGUGAUCCAGAUAGCCUCCAUGGUGCAGCGACAGGGAGAGAAGGAACCCUUCAUCCGCACCGUCUUCACCCUCCAGUCCUGCUCCAGCAUCGUGGGCUCCCAGGUCCUGUGCUUCACUAAAGAGAGCCAGUUACUACAGAGCUGGGCUGAGUUUGUGAGGACAGUGGAUGCAGACAUCAUUACUGGGUACAACAUCCAGAACUUUGACCUUCCCUACCUGCUGAACAGAGCAGCUACCCUGAAGGUCAAGCUGUUCCCCUACCUGGGCAGAGUACAGGGCAUCAAGUCAGUCCUGAGAGACUCCAGUUUCCAGAGCAAACAGAUGGGCCGCAGAGAGAACAAGAUCCUCAACAUGGAGGGACGAGUUCAGUUUGACCUGCUCCAGGUGCUGCUGAGGGACUACAAACUGCGCUCGUACACACUCAACGCCGUCAGCUUCCACUUCCUGCAAGAACAGAAGGAGGAUGUUCAGCAUUCUAUCAUCACAGAUCUGCAGCAACCCACCUCUCCUAGUAACCCAUUAUCCCUGACAGCAACCUACCUCUCCGAGUAA